AUGGUUGCCGAUCGUCACCGACUCGUCAAGCUGGAGGUGGAGGAGCACGAGCUGGAGGACCCGGGCGACCGGGAUGACCUCGACUGGGAGGUGCCGACGGCCGGCGAGAACGACAGCAGCUACGCGGGGGGCCGGUCGGGGGCGCGCCACAACGGCCCCAUCGAGGUGCUGGAGCUGCCCGAGCGAUCGGAGCCUACCCCGUCGCACAAUGACCUGACAUUUAUGGAGCUGGUAAAGAUCAAGGAGGCCGUCACCAAGAAGGUGGAUGAGACUAGCGCCGGAGGUCCCGAAGAGCAUAUCCGGCGGCUACGCAUGGCGCGGCGUCAGGCCAUCUCCUGGGUGGAGACCCGUCUUCGAUCCGAGGCACAGGGAGACAUUACGCCCAGCUCGCACGGCAAGCAGGGCAAGUCCAAGUAUGACGCGCUGAUCACGGCCAGGCCGACGACAGCGGCGGCGGCGCUCACGCCGGCCCGGGCCGCCACCGUCAGCUCGUCACGUGGCAGGGGCCGCCCGCUGCUGCCCAAGCCACCGAUGGUGCGCCUUACCGGGGCGCGGCACGUCACCGUCGAGGGCCAGCCGCCGACCGCCGUCGACGCCGACGACCCCGACUACGACCCGACGGCUGGCGACGACUUCGACAACGAGCGCGCCCGCAAGCUGUCCGCCGCCACCCGGCCGACACGUGAGUCCUUGGCAGCCGCUGCUGACGGGGAUGACCAGCAGCCCGCUGUGUCAACGUGUUGCUCACCAAUCCGCUGUGGGGUGGCCAACACGCGCAUGAAGAUGGAGGGCGUGGCGGAGCUGAGCGAGCGGGUCCGCGGGCAGGCGCGGCCGCCCGCCAGCAGGCGCUACCGUAGUCUGGCCGGCCUGCACGUCGGACUCCGUGAUGUGAAAGUGAACGAGACGCAGGUCUUCAUUGACGCCAUAUAG